AUGCACCUUCCCGUUUCUGAUUCCAAUCAGAUUCCUGAUACUCAUGGCUUGCCUACUCUCUUUGGUGGAGGACUGGGAUAUCACAAUCAGAGACCCGGAGCCAAGUACAACGGCAUCAAGAACAAUAUGCCAGUGGCGAUGCCUCCCUACAACCAGUUCGUUCUUCUACCGAACGGUACCAUCUUUGGCGGAGUUCCUCUGGAUCAGAAUCCGUAUCUACCUACACAUGGCAUCUAUCCCGGCUUGACUCCGCCGUGUCCGGUGGUGCCAACUCCUCCGAGUGAUUACUUCCAUAAUACCAAUGCUGGUCUGGACGGUCCUGGGUUGCCAAACUAUGGGUUCAACGGUCUGCCUCAGCCAAACGCAGCCUGUCUGCCUCUUCAGAUGAUGAAGACCCCGACUGGAUAUAUCCUUCAGGACCUUGAGAGCUUGACGCAACAAGAGCCUCCCAUCCCACGAGCAGUGCCUGCCAUGUGGACGAACCCGUCGGAUCUCACACUUGCUAAGUGUCUCGAAAAUCGAGAGGGUAUUACCAAUGUCUACAUCCGUGGCUUUCUUCCGGAGACGACAGAUGAGAUGUUGCACGCCUAUGCCUCUCGCUUCGGGAAGAUAGAUCGCUGCAAAGCCAUUGUGGACCUGGACACGGGCCUCUGCAAAGGAUUUGGAUUUGUGCAGUACUACAACUUCGAAUCUUGCGAAAAUUGCAUCCGCGGCUUCUUUUACCUUGGCUAUCAGGCUAGUUUCGCUCAGAAGUCCCGCAACUCCAGACUCAAAGACCUGGAAGAUAAGUCCUCGACCAACAUUUAUUGCACAAACCUUCCGAUCGAGUGGACAGAGGCCGAUCUUCGUCGUCACUUCGAGCCGUAUCGUGUGGUCUCGGAAAAAAUCAGCCGCGACGAGAAAACCGGAGUGAGUAAGGAGGUUGGCUUUGCUCGGUUUGAGACGCGUGACAUCGCAGAGAAGGUAUUGGGCGAGUUUCACAACGUCGUCUCGAAGAAUGGAGUCAAGUUGCUUCUUCGUUUUGCAGACACAAAGGCCCAGAAGCUUCUCAAACAGCAAAGCAAUGAGAGACGCGCCUACCGUGCUGGAGAGUACAAUUACUCGGUUGAGGUAGUCCAAGGAUCUACUCCAUCGCCUUCAUUACACCGUAUUCAACAAAAUGUGUCGCAUAUCAGCCCCGCCUCGCAGGCUAGCUACGCUUCUCCUGUCGGUGUUUCUCCAGUAGGCGUUGGAUCGGCCUGGACCCCCGCGACAUCCAUCUCCCCAUCGUACCCUUUGAUGAAGAGCCAAGCUGGGAACAUGCGAUUCAACUCUUGGUCGUCCAAAGGCGGACCGAGAGCCUUGGAGAACACACCCCUGAGUCGUGGACAGCGCAAUGCUUGGACUGACAAUGUCUCCAGCGGUUCGUCAAAGAUGAAUUUCCCGGGAACUCCAUGUGUCGAGACCCGCUCCGAGCAAUCUAGUCCGCGCAAGGAUCACGUAAAGGCUGGCUCUUUGUCCCCAAGAUCGGCACGCAAAGAAGUUGUCGUGACUUCACCCCGCUCGGUUAUCUGA